CCACGAACGGGAGAAAAACAGUGGGGAAGGGAACCAUAACUAAGAUAAGGUUUUAAAGCCCUUUAUCUUCCCCCUUUCAUUUUCCCUCUUUCUCUGGUCUUUUAUCCGUUGCAGGAAGAAGGCUCUCAGUUAGCUUCCAGUCAUCCUGAGACAUUUUGACAGGGAAAAGAUACAAUCUUUCAGGGACCCUUUUCCAACAGAUAGCCAAGGUGAAUGUUGUGAUGAAGAACUGAUUCUAGCUGCUGACUGACCAAUUGCAAUUCCAAGGAAACAUGACGCCAGUAAUCCCAUGUUCUACAAGCAGAAUCGCCCUCAUUCCAGGAACUCCCCUCACAUUAAACAAGACCAAUGCUCCCACAAAAUGUAGUUUAUCCAGGAAAUCAGCAAAGCAUGCCCAAAGACUCGCCGUUUUACCCUUCCCAGCAUCCAUCAAGUCCUUGUCCAAUUACAAAACACAUCAUCAUUCUUUGGCUCACAGAAGCACAGUGCAUUCAGUAACAGUGUCAGCCACAGGCACAGACAUAGCUGUUGGAGAGCCCGAAAGUCCUGCGACAAGUGAGGAAGAUUCAAAUAAAGCCUCAGAAAUACCUGCAGAGACUGCACCAACUCAAGCUAAGCGUGCAAGACCGGGCAGAAAAAGUGAGAUGCCGCCUGUAAAGAACGAGGAUCUGGUUCCUGGGGCAAUGUUCACCGGGAAAGUAAGGUCUAUUCAACCAUUUGGAGCAUUCAUCGACUUUGGGGCUUUCACAGACGGCCUUGUACAUGUUUCCAGGCUGAGUGAUAGCUAUGUUAAGGACGUUGGAAAUGUCGUCUCAGUUGGACAAGAGGUCAAGGUGAGGUUACUUGAAGCAAACACAGAGACGGGACGUAUUUCUCUGAGUAUGCGUGACGAUGAUGAUAAUGAUGGAAAUAGUAGUAAGCCACAGCAGCAAAGGAAAGAUUAUUCUGCUUCAACAGGUGGUGGAGAUAAGCCGAGACCUGGAAGAAGAAACACACAAAGGAGUGGUCAAAAGAGGGAUGAGAAGACUGCAAAGUUUGUUAUUGGGCAGCAACUAGAUGGCACGGUUAAGAACUUGACCAGGUCUGGUGCUUUCCUCACUCUCCCUGAAGGCGAGGAAGGAUUCUUGCCUGCUUCAGAAGAAGUUAGUGAGGGAUUUGGAAACCUUAUGGGUGGUUCUCAACUAGUGAUGGGACAGGAAGUUAGUGUUAGGGUUUUGCGUAUAAAUAGAGGUCAAUUUACUUUGACGAUGAAAAAGGAGGAAGAUAAUCAGAAGGAGGAUAAGAACUUUACUCAGGGAGUUAUCCAUGCUGCAACUAAUCCGUUCCUGGUGGCUUUCAGGAAGAACAAGGAUAUAGCAGAAUUUCUUGAUGAUAGAGAGAAGUUGCAAAAAGAUGCUGAGAUUUCAGAAGAGAAGGAGCUAGAGCAGGAAGAAAUUGUAGCUUCUUCAGAGGUGGCUGUGGAAGCUAAUGAUGGUGAGAAGGAGUUGGAGCAGGAAGAAAUUGUAGCUUCUUCAGAGGUGGCUGUGGAAGCUAAUGUUGGUGAGAAGGACUUGGAGCAGGAAGAGACUGUAGCUUCUUCAGAGGUGGAGAGCAUAGAGUCUAGCUCAUCAGAAGAAGUUGAGAGUGCUGUUCAAGCUGCAGCUGAUGAUGAGCCAAUUGAAGAACCGGAGAAGAUUGAUGCAACUGUUAACGAGAUUGUAAGUGCAGAUCAAAAGGUGGAAGAACCUUCAAUUGAAGUGGUGGAAAGUGAUGGAAAUUCUGAUUCAUCUGCAGAAGCUCCUGUUGAUGAAAGUGUUGUAGAGGGUAAUGUGGAAGAGCAAAUAGAAGCAGCUGCCACACCAGUAGAUAAUGAAGUUGCCACAGAAGCUGCGGAUGAGAGUGGUAGUUUCGUUAGUUCAGGCUGUUUCUCUUGUCUGAAUACAGAUGGAGUGGAAAGUGUAGAAAGUUCUGAUCUAUCACAAACCGAAACCGAGGAAGUGGAAAAUCAAACAAUUGAAGAAGGUCCAGAGAAAGUUGAAGCCAAUGAAACUAUUUCUGCCUCUCUAGUUGAAAGUGAGAAGCAGGAUCCUGCUCCUGAGGGAAAUGGCCUCAACAGCAAUCCUUCCCCCAAAGAGACAACAACAGCAGCAGCCAUCUCACCAGCUCUGGUAAAGCAGCUCCGAGAAGAAACAGGAGCAGGAAUGAUGGACUGCAAGAAAGCACUCUCCGAGACGGGAGGUGACAUCAUUAAAGCUAUAGAAUUCCUCCGAACCAAAGGACUAGCGAGUGCAGAGAAAAAAGCCAGCAGAACAACUGCUGAGGGAAGAAUCGGGUCAUACAUUCACGACAGCAGAAUCGGCAUCCUGAUCGAGGUGAACUGCGAGACAGAUUUCGUCUCUCGAGGAGAAAUCUUCAAGGAGCUUGUGGAUGAUCUAGCCAUGCAAGUGGCCGCGUGUCCACAAGUACAAGUUGUUGCCACAGAAGAUGUUGCUGAAGCAGUUGUGAGCAAGGAGAGAGAGAUUGAGAUGCAGAAGGAAGAUUUGUUGUCGAAACCAGAGCAGAUUAGGGCUAAGAUCGUCGAAGGAAGGAUCAAGAAGAGGCUCGAUGAGCUAGCACUGUUGGAGCAGCCGUACAUCAAGAAUGAUAAGGUUUUGGUGAAGGACUGGAUCAAGCAGACAAUUGCAACCAUUGGGGAGAAUAUGAAGGUUAAGAGGUUUGUUAGGUAUAAUCUUGGUGAAGGCUUGGAGAAGAAGAGUCAGGAUUUUGCUGCUGAGGUUGCUGCACAAACCGCUGCGAAAUCUGCACCUGCACCACCAAAAGAUCAACCUGCUGCUGUAACAGAGGAGAAAGAAGCUGUUCAGAAGCCACCAGCUGCAGCAGUUUCUGCAGCACUCGUCAAGCAACUGAGGGAAGAAACAGGAGCUGGGAUGAUGGACUGCAAGAAAGCCCUUGCAGAGACAGGUGGUGAUCUGGAGAAGGCACAGGAUUAUCUCAGAAAGAAAGGACUGUCAUCCGCCGACAAGAAAUCCAGCCGUCUUGCAGCUGAAGGCCGGAUAGGUUCCUACAUUCAUGACUCUCGAAUCGGAGUGCUGAUAGAGGUCAACUGCGAGACCGACUUCGUUGGCAGGGGCGAAAUAUUCAAGGAACUGGUCGAUGAUCUGGCAAUGCAGGUCGUUGCAUGCCCACAGGUGCAGUUUGUGUCAACUGAAGAUGUGCCAAAGAGCAUUGUUGAGAAGGAGAAGGAGCUCGAGAUGCAAAGGGAGGACCUUCAGUCGAAACCAGAGAACAUAAGGGAGAAGAUUGUCGAUGGAAGGAUCUCAAAGAGGCUUGGAGAGCUUGCACUUCUAGAACAACCAUUCAUUAAGGAUGACAAAUUGCUGGUAAAGGAUUUGGUGAAGCAAACUGUUGCCAGUCUUGGCGAGAAUAUAAAAGUCCGAAGGUUCGUGAGGUUUACACUUGGAGAAGACACCGACUGAGGAAGAAGCAAAAUCCUAGGAAUGAAGAAUUUUGUUGCUUAAUGAACAGAUAAAACUGGCGUCAUGAAGCUGUUACAGAAUCUAGUUUUUGGAUGAGAAUAUAGGGUUCUCCGGAUUCUUUUUUCUUUCGUGAUCAAAGCAUGGGACUUUUCCUUCUGUAUCUCAUCAUCAAUAGUUGUUUUUCCCCUUCUAUAUUGAUACAGGCAACAAUUCUGAUACGAAUCUGCUAAAAGUGUUCCUCCAUAAAUGAUAGCAGUUGCUGCUAAAAUCAAUCCAGCAAUUACAAAAACUUGCAUUUGCUA